CUUUAUGCUUGAAAAAUUUGCACACAUGUCAAGUAAAGUUUUAUGAGCCCAUAAAUAAUAAUUGAAAGUAGAGUUCCUGCUUGCUGCACCUUUAUUAUUGUGAGGAUCACCUGAGUUGUGGCACCAAACUGCUCAAGUUUCUUCUGGCCAAAACUUUACCUGAGCAACAUUAUGAGUAAUUUUCAAGUUUCUGCGCUGCAUAAUGAAUUGGCUCAAAUUUCUGCUGAACGAGCACAGCUUUUCUUUGACAGUGUGAUAGAAAAGUACACAUGCAAAAGCUUGAAGAUGCAAGCUCCACAGGUGGAACUGAGUGACAUAUAUCCCCAGAAUGACUUGAUUGGAACAACUUGUGAUUAUCUUGCAGAACAUGGUGAUAGUGACAAUGAUUAUGUUCCAUUCUCUCCUAAGCAGCUUAAACGCUACAAGAAGCUCAAGCAAUUCAAGCAAAAGAAGCAUAAAACAAUAGAGAACAAUAUAAGAUGUAGUGUGGCCAAGCGUGCAUUGUUAGACUUACAUUCCACAGAACAAAUUUCUGAAAAUGAGCUUGAAUGUAUACCUGUAGCAGAACUCCUGACAUUACCUGAGAAAGUGAAUUCCAAUCACAAGAAUAGUGAUGCAAAGUUGGGCACAUGCUCAAAAAAUAAUUCAAGUGACGAAGUUAAAUUUUGCGCCAUGGCCAAGAAUAAUAGCUGCUCCACAGUUGGUGGCAUUAAGAAACUUUUGUUCAACCAAAAAGCUAAUGAAAAUCUGUUGUUCAGGACACAUUUAAAUGCUAUACAGGACAACGCAAUUGAAGAGACAAUUACAGAGGAUAACAAUACAUCCUGCAAGUCUCAGAGAAGAGAAGCAGAUUCGUGUGCUGGCACUUCUAAGAAUGGUCUAAUAGCAAAACGAGGGAAAAGAUGGCCAAGAAAACAGAACGAACUUCAAAUGCUCUUAAAUGACAAUUAUAUCAAAGAAUUCAUGGAAGUUGACUUGCACAACAAUACUGACCCACUGUUAACCCACACAAACUAUCCCAAAACACGCUCUCAAUCAUUGCUUUAUUUACAAAACAGACAGAUGAAAAAAUCUUUUGUAAAACUUGGAACUCCUUCAAAUCCCACUCAAUGUACCCCUACAAAGAGUAAAGUGUGGGCACAAAGAGUAGAUCUACAAAGAGUUCCAUCCUGUAAGUCUCAGCAAGAGGCUAUCGAUUCUUCAUGUGCAGCCACUUCCCAAGAUGGAUCAAUGAUAAAACGAGAAAGACGGCGGCCGAGAAAAAGCAAGGAACCACUGACAGACUCUCCUUUCAACAGCAAUAAUGCUCAAGUGUCACUGCACAUGGAUGAAGCUUGUAACAAUCUUGAAAAGCAAGAUCAAAAUAGCAAAUCCACACCUACUGCUUUACAUCAUUGUGAAAUAAAAAAAGCGCAUACUCAGCAGUCAUUCACCACACUUCCAAAGGCCAUUGAAGGUACACCAAUAAAAGAAGACAAUUCAUCCUACAAGUCUCAGAGCAGAGGAAUGAAUUCAUGUAGAGCCACUUCUCAGAAUGGAUCAAUGAUAAAACGAGGAAGAAGACGGUAUAGGAAAAGUGAGGAACUGCAAAUGCUCCCCACCGACAGUCCUUUUGACAGCAAUAAUGCCCAAGUGUCAUCACACAUGGUUGAAACCUGUAAAAGUCUGUGCAGUGCUAAUAAUGUUAAACUUCAGGAUCAAAAAGGUACCUCCUUAUCUUCUUUGUUGCUUCCAAAGGAAACAAAAAAUCCGCAUGUAGAGCAAUCACUCGGUACACCUUACAAUGCCCUUCAAGGUUCAUUUACAAAGAGUAAGGCUCCAUCGUCCAUGACUCGCAAAGCGGCAGUAGAAAUGUGUGCAGGCAUUCCUCAAGAUGAACAGUUGCCUAAACGAGGAUUAAGACGGCCUAAAAUAAAUAAAGACCGAUGCCAGUCACCUGACACUCUUUUCAAAGAGUUAAUGGAAGUAGACUCGCAAAGCAGUACUACCCAAGUGUCGUUACACGUGGGUAAAACUUGUAACAGUUUGUGCAACAAUAAUAACCUGGAAAUUCACAAUCAAGAGGACAGCUCCACGUCUUCUGCCCUACAGUAUGGCAGAAAAAUAAAACCUGUCUGCAGUCAAGACACAUUAGGGUUUCAUAGGAACCUAAUUAGGGAUAAAAUCAGGGUUAACAAUGAUCUCUCUGUAUCGUCGAGUUGUGAAAACAACUUAAAUUCUCUACAGGCUGAGCAUGUCCCACAAAGUAGUGGGGAUGAUGAAGCUUAUGUCAGUGGUGGCAGCGAAGUUUCUUUUGCUGUUGAUGACGUGCCAUUUACGAUCCCUCGAUUGUUUGGAAAACAACUUGAUUCCUCUAUUCAGGUUUCGAAUAAUUUUACUGAAAAAGGUGAAUACCUACCCAACUUGAUGAAAGUUUUAGAAAUAACGAAGGAUAUGCUCACACAGCAUCGUUUUUCAGGUUCCAUUUGUGAAAAAUUGAGAUCAGUGAGGUUUCCAUCAAAUGUGAGUGGAAUUUUCGUGUGCCUUGAUGAUGGCUCACAUGGAUUUUUUGACAGCCUUGACGAAUGUAAGGCAGCUCUGGCUCGUGCAAACAGGAGUUAUGAGAACUUGCAAUGUGUGUACUUGAAUCCAGAGCCCCGUGUAAUCCACACGACCAAACAAUUUGUGUGCAGUGCAGUGGCAGUGCCUCCUGCUAGGCUGUCAUCAAUUGCUGAAGAAAGUUUUGUGGGGCAUAAAUCGAAUUCAGAUCCAGAAAGAUUGAUGGAAACUCGUAGAAUCGUAGAUGAUACUCGUGAAACUGAAUCUAAGAAUGACGAAAGCAUGAUAUCGACCUACGAAAUGCCAAAACUAAAUCGAGAACUUAGCAUUACUCUUGUGAAAUGCGACGUUACGAAUUCGCUCAACGAGUCCCACAAGAAAGUGGAAAGCAUUCAGUCAGUGGUCAAAGUUCCCGAUUCCUCAAUGAAUAUUGCUUCAAAAUCACCAGAACCUAUACAACCUCGAUGUAAUGAAGCCGACGAGUGUGCAGCAACACUGUCCAGAUCUUCAUCAUGUGGGAUAGAUCAAACUUCUGUUCCCGUUUCGGUUGAGGUUCCGUCGGUGAAUAAUAUUGAAGAUCGCGUAGUGCAUGCGACAUUCGAUGACCAACGAGCGUCUCAGAAUAUCAAGAGCGAUAUCAAGCUGAACAACCAAACUACUGGCGUGCCUCAAAUAUCUCCAGCUUCUAAUACACACCAUGGGAAACGGAAAUUGAGGAACCAAGUUCAAUGUUCUUACAUUUCAGAGUCUGCAAAUACUGCUAAUCCAACCCCUUUGACGCCUAGUAUCUCGAAUCAAGUGGGUUUUGUUCAGCAGCCAAAUCAAGAUUAUGAAUUAUCCUUGUGGAAAAACGAUCAAAAUAACCAAGAUUUGCCUCAGGUGCCUCGAAGAUCAGGACGACGUCUAAGAAAUAAUAAGGUUCCUACUAGGCAGUUCGUAGGUAACUCUCCCAAUGCGACCAAAAGUGGAGGCAGGCCUAUGACGAGACAAACUGAACUCGGAGGUGAGCAAAAAACUCCACUCAAGAAGCAAUCUCGGUUAAGGAAGAAAGCGACAUGCGUCGCGUCGACAGAGGAAACCCCUUAUGAGUUUUUAGGGACUUCACUGAGAUCUGGCGAGAACCAUAAGAAUAAAGAAUCACCAGUUUUGGAAGAGAUUCCUCGAGCUGGACCGGAAAAUUGCAUAGUGUCUGAUUCUGAAACUCCAUUGAUCGAUUCUGCUGGUGCCAAUGUAGAAACUCUGAGUGAGCGACCGAAAGCUUGUGAGCAGCCGGAUUUAUGUUGGUUAAAUUAUGUAGACGAGCAGUCAGAUUUCAGAUUACAUACUGAACCAGUCAUAGGUGAGACCGAUAUUGAGUCACACCACCAGUCAAAGAAUUACAGAAGCAAGGAUGAGUCUGACACAACAACGGAGACGGUACAUACAAAACGUCUAUCAUUCGGUUUUUAUGAUAGCGAUGACAGCAGCGAGGAUGAAAUUAUCCAAGACUGGCUCUGCCGACCAGUUGUGCCAGAGGCCUCAGCGCUGUGUGGCCUCAGCCAGCCCCAACUCGACUUCGACGUGUACGACCCCUUCAUGUCCAAACGAAUGAUCGAGUCCAUGUUCUGUGAUGAGUCUUGAACUCUAAUAACGAACAACACAAUGGCUAUGUUUUAAUAUUCGCACCUUUAUCGUCUAGAUGCGUGUGUAGCAUUUAAGUACCUACACUAAUAUUUCUUAUAUUUAAGUUAUAUUUUUGAAGCUGGACUUGAUUUAGGCUACGACCUGUACAGUUUUAUCUUCGUAGAUUUGUUGUUUAAAAGAGAUGAAGAUUGAUAUGUUGGCGGCACUGGGUUUCUGAGCACCAGACUAGUGAAAAUGAACUGGCUUAACCAGUCUUGAUAAUAAUUUUUUUCUUUUCCGCUGCUGAGAACAUAAUUUCAACUAACAUUCGCUCCUGCCGUGUGCAACAUGCAGACUUGACAUCCGUAUGGAAAUCGAAUAACGUGUAACCACAUCAGACUUGCUGCUCAUAUUUGUUGGCAUAAGUAUUAUGAUACGUCAGCUGGUAGUUAAUAUUGCAAUUUAUUUUCCACAUUUUUUUUUCAAACCAUCUCAAAGGCGUUGCUUUAAAACUAAUAAACGGAAUGGAUUUGGAUGAAUGAAUCCAUUGCGAGUUCAGUCGAAAUCGAUCUUGUGGAACUUCUGAAAUCAUUUAUAUACUUGUUUUGCGUUAGUGGCACUUUAUUAAGCUACUUAAGUCUUUGUCGUCACAGGUGUAAUAAUUGAAAAGAGUUUUAUGAUGCUAUGAAUCUUGUUUGUAAUCUAGUUUCCGUUGUGUGGCAAAACUCAUCAGUGAUGUAGCUCGUGAACGUAACCAUCCCAAGAAAACUUGUGACUAUGAGUUCAUUAAAUUUACUGUUGUU